UGGUCAGCCUUUGUACCUUUUCCACAUUGAAGAUGGUGAAGCUAGAUAUUCAUACUCUGGCCCAUCACCUCAAGCAGGAACGCUUGUAUGUAAACUCUGAGAAACAGCUCAUCCAGAGGCUCAACGCGGAUGUACUGAAGACAGCUGAGAAGUUGUAUCGCACAGCCUGGAUUGCUAAGCAGCAGAGAAUUAAUUUGGAUCGGCUUAUCAUAACCAGUGCUGAAGCUUCGCCUGCUGAAUGUUGUCAACAUGCCAAACUUUUGGAAGACACUCAGUUUGUUGACGGGUAUAAGCAGUUAGGGUUUCAGGAGACUGCGUAUGGAGAGUUCCUGAGUCGAUUAAGGGAAAAUCCUCGUCUUAUUGCCUCCUCUUUGGUUGCUGGAGAGAAACUUAAUCAGGAGAACACACAAAGUGUUAUUUACACCGUUUUUACCUCCCUCUAUGGUAACUGCAUCAUGCAAGAAGAUGAAAGCUACCUCCUUCAGGUUUUGAGAUACUUGAUUGAAUUUGAGCUUAAGGAAAGUGACAACCCUAGGAGACUUCUGAGGAGAGGGACUUGUGCCUUCAGCAUCUUAUUCAAGCUAUUUUCUGAAGGACUGUUUUCUGCCAAACUUUUUCUCACGGCUACUUUACAUGAACCUAUAAUGCAGCUGCUUGUUGAAGAUGAAGAUCACCUGGAAACAGAUCCAAACAAGCUAAUUGAGAGGUUUUCCCCAUCUCAACAGGAAAAACUCUUUGGAGAAAAAGGCUCAGAUAGGUUCAGGCAGAAGGUUCAAGAAAUGGUGGAUUCCAAUGAAGCCAAACUAGUGGCUUUGGUGAACAAGUUUAUAGGUUAUCUCAAGCAGAACACAUACUGCUUUCCACACAGCUUGAGGUGGAUCGUGUCACAGAUGUAUAAAACCCUUUCCUGUGUAGACAGACUGGAAGUUGGGGAGGUCAGGGCCAUGUGUACUGAUCUCCUCCUGGCCUGCUUCAUUUGUCCUGCGGUUGUCAAUCCAGAACAAUAUGGAAUCAUCUCUGAUGCUCCUAUUAAUGAGGUGGCAAGAUUUAAUCUGAUGCAGGUUGGCCGCCUCCUGCAGCAGCUGGCGAUGACUGGCUCAGAAGAGGGAGAUCCGCGGACCAAGAGCAGCCUUGGAAAGUUUGACAAAGGCUGUGUUGCUGCUUUCCUUGACGUUGUAAUUGGGGGCCGUGCUGUGGAGACCCCACCCAUGUCCUCUGUUAAUCUUCUGGAAGGGUUGAGCAGAACUGUGGUUUAUAUCACUUACAGUCAGCUAAUUACUCUGGUGAAUUUUAUGAAGAGUGUGAUGUCUGGAGAUCAGCUGAGAGAAGAUCGAAUGGCUCUCGACAAUUUAUUGGCAAAUAUACCUCAGCUGAAGCCAGGAAAAAGCAGUUUGGAAAUGACUCCCUACAGCACUCCUCAGCUGUCUCCGGCAACUACUCCAGCUAAUAAAAAGAAUCGGCUACCUAUAGGACAGCAGUUAGCGGCCAUCACUGCCUGGGACCCCUCAGCCACCAGCCUUACUGCUCAUAUCACUCUAGUGACCCCAUUUGCAACUCGAAGCAGAAGUCGCACCAAUGUGUUAAUGGACUUACAUAUGGACCAUGAAGGGUCAUCUCAAGAAACUAUCCAAGAGGUACAGCCAGAAGAUGUAUUGGUCAUUUCCUUAGGGACAGGUCCCCAGCUCACACCAGGGAUGAUGUCAGAAAAUGAGAUCCUAAACAUGCAACUUUCGGAUGGAGGACAAGGAGAUGUCCCAGUCGAUGAAAACAAACUCCACGGUAAACCUGAUAAAACCUUGCGCUUUUCCCUCUGCAGUGAUAAUCUGGAAGGAAUAUCUGAAGGUCCUUCAAAUCGAUCAAAUUCAGUAUCCUCUCUAGACUUGGAAGGAGAGUCUGUAUCAGAACUUGGAGCAGGACCUUCUGGGAGCAAUGGGGUUGAAGCUCUACAGCUGUUAGAGCAUGAGCAAGCUACCACACAAGAUAAUCUGGAUGAUAAACUGAGGAAGUUCGAAAUUCGUGACAUGAUGGGACUGACCGAUGAUCGGGACAUCUCAGAAACAGUGAGCGAGACCUGGAGCACGGAUGUCCUGGGCAGUGAUUUUGAUCCUAACAUUGACGAAGAUCGAUUACAAGAAAUUGCAGGUGCAGCAGCAGAGAACAUGUUAGGCAGUUUGCUGUGCCUGCCAGGCUCAGGGUCAGUGCUUCUGGACCCCUGCACUGGCUCCACCAUAUCAGAGACGACAAGCGAAGCUUGGAGUGUGGAGGUAUUGCCAAGUGACUCAGAGGCCCCAGAUCUCAAGCAGGAGGAGCGUCUGCAGGAGCUGGAGAGCUGUUCUGGACUGGGCAGCACAUCUGAUGAUACCGAUGUCAGGGAGGUCAGUUCCCGCCCCAGCACACCAGGCCUCAGUGUUGUGUCGGGCAUAAGUGCAACCUCUGAGGAUAUUCCUAAUAAGAUAGAAGACCUGAGAUCUGAGUGCAGCUCUGAUUUUGGGGGCAAAGAUUCUGUCACGAGUCCAGACAUGGAUGAAGUAACUCAUGGUGCCCGCCAGCUGGCUGCUCCACCCUCUCAGCCAGAUGCUCUGCUUGCCAUGUUUGACCCGCUGUCUCCUCAUGAAGGGGCUUCUGCUGUGGUGAGGCCCAAGGUUCACUAUGCGAGGCCGUCACAUCCACCACCGGAUCCCCCCAUCCUGGAAGGAGCCGUGGGAGGAAAUGAAGCCCGACUGCCACACUUUGGUUCCCAUGUUUUAACUCCGGCGGAAAUGGAGGCCUUCAAGCAAAGGCAUUCUUACCCUGAGCGAUUAGUUCGCAGCCGGAGUUCUGACAUCGUGUCUUCUGUGCGGCGGCCCAUGAGUGACCCCAGCUGGAACCGACGUCCAGGGAAUGAAGAGCGCGACCUCCCUUCAGGGGCAGCCAUUGGUGCUACUUCCUUGGUGGCUGCCCCGCAUUCCUCAUCCUCAUCCCCCAGUAAGGACUCCUCGAGAGGAGAGACUGAAGAACGCAAAGAUAGCGAUGAUGAGAAAUCAGACAGGAACAGACCUUGGUGGAGAAAACGUUUUGUUUCAGCCAUGCCUAAAGCUCCUAUACCCUUUAGAAAGAAAGAAAAACAAGAAAAAGACAAAGAUGAUCUGGGGCCUGACAGAUUCUCAACACUCACAGAUGACCCCGGCCCUAGACUCAGUGCACAAGCCCAGGUGGCUGAGGACAUCCUGGACAAAUACAGGAACGCCAUUAAGAGGAGCAGCCCCGGGGAAGGAGCGAUGGCAAACUAUGAGAGUUCAGAGGUCACCGGUGACAGCGAGAGUGCGCACGGCUCCCCUCGGGACGAAGCCCUGCAGAACAUCUCAGCCGACGACCUCCCCGACUCUGCGAGCCAGGCUGCCCACCCCCAGGACUCCGCCUUCUCCUACAGAGAUGCAAAGAAGAAACUGAGGCUUGCCCUUUGCUCUGCCGAUUCUGUCGCGUUCCCAGUGCUGACCCACUCGACAAGGAAUGGCUUACCAGACCACACAGACCCAGAGGACAAUGAAAUUGUGUGCUUCUUAAAAGUUCAAAUAGCUGAAGCAAUUAAUUUACAAGAUAAGAACCUAAUGGCUCAGCUUCAAGAGACGAUGCGCUGCGUGUGCCGCUUCGAUAACAGGACUUGCAGGAAGCUGCUGGCGUCCAUCGCCGAGGACUACAGGAAAAGGGCCCCCUAUAUUGCUUACCUCACGCGUUGCCGGCAAGGGCUGCAGACCACGCAGGCCCACCUGGAAAGGCUGCUGCAGCGGGUGCUCCGGGACAAGGAGGUGGCCAACCGCUACUUCACCACCGUCUGCGUGAGGCUGCUGCUCGAGAGCAAGGAGAAGAAGAUCAGGGAGUUCAUUCAAGACUUUCAGAAACUCACAGCGGCUGACGAUAAAACUGCGCAGGUGGAAGACUUCCUGCAGUUCCUUUACGGGGCGAUGGCCCAGGAUGUCAUCUGGCAGAACGCCAGCGAGGAGCAGCUGCAGGACGCCCAGCUGGCCAUCGAGCGGAGCGUGAUGAAUCGGAUUUUCAAGCUCGCGUUCUACCCGAACCAGGACGGGGACAUUCUUCGCGACCAGGUUCUUCAUGAACAUAUCCAGAGAUUGUCCAAAGUUGUGACUGCAAAUCACAGAGCCCUGCAGAUACCAGAGGUCUACCUCCGGGAGGCCCCGUGGCCGUCCGCACAGUCCGAAAUCAGGACCAUCAGCGCUUACAAGACCCCGCGGGACAAGGUGCGGUGCAUCCUGAGGAUGUGCUGCACCAUCAUGAACCUCCUGAGCCUGGCCAACGAGGACUCCGUCCCGGGCGCCGACGACUUCGUGCCCGUCCUGGUCUUCGUGUUGAUAAAGGCAAACCCGCCCUGUCUGCUGUCCACUGUUCAGUACAUCAGCAGCUUUUACGCCGGCUGUCUGUCCGGAGAGGAGUCCUACUGGUGGAUGCAGUUCACGGCGGCCGUGGAGUUCAUCAAGACCAUCGAUGACCGAAAGUGAGCGGCCGAGGCCAGCCUGGCGCAGACUGUCAGGCGAUGACUCUGAGGAGGCGUGCCAGCUGCCUGAGGCUGACGAUUGUCUUGUAUGAUAUUGUACAGCAUCCAGACAUUUUAAAGCAGACCUUUACUGAGCAGAUUAAUGAGCUGACACGCAGGGCUCUCUCCCUGGGCUCCUCCCCUUUGUAAGUUGCAUACUCUGUUACUUUCUUGUCCCCAACUAGAGAAUAGUACGGCAGGAGGGACCACAUUUUUCAGGUAUUUUGAAAUAUUAAAAAACAAAAUGAAAUCUCCUAGAAGAUUCCUACAUCUCCAUUCAUGGCUACCCUUCUUUUAUUUGAGAGGGGAGCAUAGGCCUCUUUUCAGAUGCUGUCUUACCUUUUGCAUCAAAUAGAAGGAAAAUACCAGUUGCACUGAGGAUAGUAAUGUGGUGACAUUCGUGGCAUUAUCUAUAAAUACACUCACCUAAACGGAAAAGCUGAGAAGGAAAUGUAAAUAUAAUAUAUAUUUAUAUUUGAUGUAAUAUGGACAUCUUCAGAUUCUAAUAAACAAGGACUGUUGCUGAGUAGGCUGUGAUGUACCCUCUUGUGAAAUGGUUUCCUUGACAAAAUUUAAGCUGAGCUUAAAAGCAGAAAACAAAAAAAGUACUCAACUAUCUAUUAAAGUGUGGCGCAGUGUUGGCUUUUCCGGGUGUGGCGUGUGGGUCCGGGCGCCGGUGCCUCGGGGCGCGUCCUGGCCUCGCAGCCGCCGCUCGCGGGGUGUCUGGCCGCGCCGGAGCGGGCUACCCUGGCUCGGUCCGGUCAGGCAGGGGAGGGCGAGUAGGCGGCGAAGUUUCCCUGUGGUGCCCCUGCCCAGGACACUCGGCACCGCGCAGAAACCCCAAACUGAACUUACAGACUGGCCAUUGUAAUAUAUUUUUGAUGAUGAUUCACAUUGAAUGCACAGACUGGAAUUCAGUGAAUGUCAUUUUUUACAAAAACUAAUUUGUAUUGUCUGCUCUAGUGAUACAAGUUUUACUAGUGAUAAACUAUUUUAAUCAACCAUACUAUUCUUAUGGGGGAAAUCUAUUUUGGCAGGUUUCUGUGCCUUUAUUUCUCUCUUCUGGAAAAGAAAGGACGUCUCAGUAUUUUUGGUUUGAUUGUAUGCUGACCGUUAAUCAGGGCUGGGUUUUGGUGUCUGGGCGGCUGCCACGGAGCCACACCAAAGCGUCAAGCACAAGUCUCGAACACAGGUCAUCGCCGACCGGCGUCACUUUGUAUGUUUCCUCAAGAUGUCCCGCUGCUUUCACAAGCUCGGUCCCGUCCUCGGAGCCCCUUGCUGCCGGCAGCCUCGCGGCCUUCUUAAGGGAGCUGUGAGCAGCAGCCGUGAGCAGCAGCCGUGAGCAGCUGCAGACUGGCAGUUUUGCCCUCUCUCCGAGCUACCUGCGCCCCACCGUGCCUAAAGAAGCCGGUUCCUUGUCUCCACCUCCUCCCGUUCAUUUCUUUCAAUAAACUGUAACAAUAAGUUGCAUAGGAGUGUGGAAUGUGGCUUCUGCCUUUUAGGGAGAGAGAAAAAUUAAGCCACUACUACAGAAUAUGCGUUUGAAUGUUUGGUCGAGAAAUCUGCUUGUAACUGUCAAACACACCUAGGUACUAGAAGUCAAACAUAAAUAGAGCACAGGACAGACAGACUGGCUAACGUGAGAUCUGAGCCUAAGAGGGAGUCCAUCUACUUCAGCAUUUGACUCAAUAAAUACUAAAUCAGUAGAAGACUUGGAAUAAUUGAAGGUCAUUGUGUCGGGAUCUAUCUGACAAGUCAAUGAGAAAAUGUUUUUCUCCAUGAUGGUUGCUAAAUUAUCCAUGUUAUCACUAUGAGAAUAAAUAUGAAGAUGUGAACAUUGAAGAAGGCUCUUUUCUGUGGUGAAGGUGGUGAGUUUGGGGUCCAGGGGUACCCCAGAGGCAGAAACUGGUGAGGGUGAGCCCCAGAGAUGGAGAUGGGUGUGUGGGUGUUGACUCAGGUGCUGACAGAGAAGCACAGCCCAGCUGUUCAGGGCGCAGCCAGGUUUCCUCUGGAGACCAGACCCAGAGCGAGGGACACUUUGGCAUCAGCCACUGGUUUGCCCUCACAGUGCCAAGCCCCGUGUAGCAGUUGGGCGGGCACAGGACAGGCGUAACUCGAUUUUCUCUUUCAUGAAAGAGGAAUCGUCGUUUUCCUCAUGUUAUGUGUUCUGACUGCACUCCCAGUACUGACUUGACAUGAAGGUUUAGUGCAAAGUGCAAAAUCACCACGGGAAACCUUCGGUGUGUGGAAUGGGUUAAGGAUAGUGUUGAAUGGGGAGACAGUGGCUCAGUUAACUGACAUCUGUAGAAUGAACUUUGCUGAUGAAAAAAUAAAUUUGUACUUUGUAUUAAUAUUCUGCUUCUGCAGAAAGUUAGCAGCAAUACAGAUUCAAGAUUGUUUUGCCUUGUAAAAUUAUUUUUUAAAACUCAUUUGGUAGAAAACACUUUAUUUCACUGUCACAUUUCAGCCACAGUGUGCUUUCCUUUAAAAAAAAAAAAAAAGCCUGCAUAUGAAAACCUUUUUAGACAGAUUUGAGUCAUUGUAGUGAGAGAAUUAGACAUCGUGAGGGCUGGAAAUAGAUGCAUGGGUUUUCUUUUCCAGUUUCCUGGAAGUCUUCAUGUACGUGCCAUAGACACAGCUGCUCAAAGUGUGUGAGUGAGAGAGUGGGAGCCCCCAGGCCCCCUGGCACGAGACUCCUGGCUGUGGGGUCUGUAGCUGUGGCGAUGUGACUCGCCCCACACCCCCCAGCCUUGAGAACCCCAGCUGAAGGUCAACUAAGUGUGUUUAACAGGUGAAGUUCUAACAGUUCCUUUCUCUUGAUGUGCCUGGGUAGGGAAGGCAGGGUGGGGACACAUUUGCUCCAAAUUACUAGUGGACCACAGAAGUGAUUGAAAUGUGGUGGCAUCAGCACCAUCUGUGUGUCCUAGGCAGCGUCUGCCUGCCUCUCCAUUCCUUAUUUCUUUAAGAAGUCUAUAUAUUUGCUCUCUCUUUUUUUUUCCUCUAAUGAGUUUAUUCUGCAUGUAAUUGCCAAAAUUGGGGAAUGGGGAAGGUGUACGGGAAUCAAAAACAAGCUUCUUGAAACUCAGAAGUUGUAGUAAGUACAUGAAAAGGAAUGAGAAUUUUGAGAUGCUUUGAAUGCCCAGAUGCUUGAGAACAUUGCCAGAUUAAUAAUACGUUUUAGAAUGUAGGUUACCCAGGAGGUAGGAGGCCCGGGGAUGGCUUCAUGCUCUCAAGGACGCUUGGAAGUGCAGGUGUACUUUCUCGUUAAGGUGGCUGCCACGUCCCAGAGGCCUUUGCACUCAGCAAAGGGUGAUUCAAGAUUAAGGAAGGCCUCUGCACUCGGUAGGGGCAGACAGUGUGUGCAGGCCACGCGCCUUACGAACUCACCUCUGCUGAGUUGAUGCUGUCGUGUCUAUGUGUUCUUGUGUUUCAUGUGUAUGAAAAACUUUGUAUUGCCUCUCUUCUUGAAGCUGAAAAAUACCUUAUGUAAGUCUCAGUAAUGAGCUUGCACCAUCUUGUAUACAUUCAGGAAACCUGUCUUCUAAUGUCAUUACUAAUGUAUGGUAUUCUAUAAAGCUGAUUAAAAAGGGAGAGCAAUAUUGC